AGCAGUAACUGAUCAGCUGUGCAAAGAAGCUCCAAUAAUUUUAGUAUUAAUAAAUAAUACAAGAUUUAUAGGAAAUUUGGAGGUGCAUGAACAUGGGAAGAAAAUGCAGAAAGACAAAGCAAACAAAUCCGCUUUUUCAAAAUACUAUCAAACGUGAGCCAGACCCUGGAGAUUCAAACAAACUAAAGAUAAUGAAUGCAGAACAUAUAAAUGAUCGAUUCCCGAUUUCCGUAAAAGCGGAGGAUACCACAGAUUUAUCUUAUCCCCAGACUGGCUUAUAUGAGGUGGUUAUGCUAGAGGCGAAUAACCAAGUUAAGGAGGAGUUCGCCCUGGAGGAUCAGGAUGAGGAUGAGCGCAAUCCAAAAAUCGAGGAGGAGAUAAGCUAUCAAUUGGCUGGUCCGCCAAAACUGUGCUCAAUAUGCUGGAAAGCCUUUCCUAGCGAAGGGUUCUCCAAACACGUCUGCAUGGGCAUCAACGCUGCCCAAGAGAAGGAUGAGAUCAGCUACCACUUGGCAGGUCCACCAAAAAUGUGUUCUAAGUGCUUGGAGGCCUUUCCCAUCGAAGAGUUUUCAUCUCACACUUGUAGGGACAUCCAUGCCGAUCGAUUCUCGUGCAAAAUUUGUCCACGAAAGUUUCGUUACAAGUCGUUGCUUGUCGUACACUUAAAAAGCCACCUCAGACUGCAAAAGGGCGAAAGCAUACCAGAAUUGGAGUCAGCGAAACCUACCACCUCCAAGAACGAGCGUAACUUCGAGUUAAACUACUCACCCACUCCACGGUGGAAGAUAUCUCGACGAAGAGCUGGAAUGCUGAAGCGCAACGAAAUGCGUGUGCAUCAACAGCGCCUGUGCCUAUAUUGCCCCAUUGCUUUUUCAAACGAAUCCCAUCUGGAGAAGCACAUAAAGGAUCACCAUGCUGAGCGCUUUUAUUCAAGCGAAUUAAUAACCCCAGAUUUCGGAACUGAGGGCUCAGAACAGAUCUGUGUCAAGUUAGAGGACGAAGAAACUAUAUAAAUCAUAUAUAUUAAUGUUAAUGUAUUAACAUACAAGGUUGUAUCAAGGGGGGUAUCUCCUCAUAUCUGUAUUUUAGAUAUUAAGUAAUCAACGAAAUGUUCCACUUCCCUUUUAAUUUAAGCUAAAGCUUUAAUUUAAGAUAGGAAAAUAUAUGCUUAAAAUGUGA